CUCUCUCUCUCUCUCUCUCUGCAUUCACGCAGAUCUCUAUUCCCUUUAUAAACACCAGGCCUAUGAGGCCUUUUAACUAACAGGAGUACCAUACAUUUAUAGUAUCAGGUACACAUUUCUCUAGUGUUUUGUACAGAGAGUGUUCAUUUGAUAAAACAAUGACAAUGCUUGUCAUGAAGCUAGCUGUUGUGGUGGUCAUGUGCAUGGUGAUGGUUGCACCUUAUGCAGAGGGCGCCAUAACUUGCCCCAAGGUUCGGCGUGAUUUGAUCCCUUGCCUGAACUACCUGAGGAAUGGUGGUUCAGUGCCCCGCAGCUGCUGCAACGGGGUUAGGUCCCUCAACAACGCGGCCAGGACCACCGCCGACCGUCAAAGAGCUUGUAGGUGCUUGCAGGCUGCUGCAAAAGGCGUCCCGGCUGUCAAUCUUGGUUACGCUGCUAGCAUCCCUGCCAAGUGUAGUCUCAACAUUCCGUACAAGAUCAGCCCCUCCACUGACUGCUCCAAGGUCAGGUGAAGUUAUUAAUGGGCAGGGGUUGGGGCAGGAGCAGGACAACCAAUUUCCCUCUGAUUGGGCUGUGAAAUAGGGUGGCUCUCUAUCCCAGGCAGAGUACAUCGUCACAUGAGUGCGUCUCCGACUGUAAUUUUUAAUGAGUGUCUUUGCAAUAUGAGUAAUGUUAAGUGUAUUUAAAAAAUAAAUUUAAAAAUUAAACUUAAUAAUUUUAAUUAUGAAUUUUAUUGUGAGUCCGAUAUUUUUUAGGAUUCACUAUCCAUUUAAUG